AUGGUGGGCGAGGCCUCGCUGAGGCAGUUGCUGGCGGACACCAGCGUCCGCUUGAAGCCCGAGUGGACCGCGGCGGCGACCACGGCCACGGCGGAUGAGCUGCUGCGGACGCUGCUGGCGGCAGAUCUGCGGGACGCGUGCGUGGGCUCCUUACCGGAGAACCUGGAUCGGCAGCACAACCUGCGAGUGGAAGGCCAACACUUCCUGCAGAUCCUGCAGCUCGUUGACAUCGCCAAUCCCAUUCAGCACGACGACCCUCCCGCCCUGCUGCCCGGAGAGGAGGCGGAGCCGGAGCACCGGAGCCGACGGAAGAAGAUGCUGAAGAUUUGCUUCACGGACGGGGCGCAGGCGAUUUGUGGCAUCGAGCGGAAGCCCAUUGCGUGUCUGCGCAAAGCGGUGCCGGGCACAAAGGUGAUGCUGGGAAACAGGCCUCUGCUACGGCGCGGCUUGCUAUUGUUGGAGCCGGAGCAUCUGGAAACCUUCUAUGUGAGCUCUGAAGAUGCUCCCAUUGCGUCACUUGCACCUCGGCAUGUGGCUUCAGCACCUGCCCCUCAGCAAAUGGCUGCUCCUCCUGUAGCUGCUGCUUCUCCAACAGCUGGUGUUCCACAGCAAGUGGUGGCUACUAAUCAACAGAUGGCUGCUGCUCCUCAAAUAGCUGCUGCUUCUCCUGCUCCACAGCAAUUGGUGGCUCCUCCUCAAGCUGCUGCUCUAGAGCAAUUGGUGGCCCCUGGUCAGCAGAUUGCAGCUUCGCCUGAGCAGAUGGCAGCCGCUCCGCAGAUGGUGGCUGCUGAACAGCCAUCAGUUUCAGAUGGCAAGCGGCCCCGACCUGCACGAGAGGUGAGACUUCGGUUUUAUGUGGUGAGUGCAGCUUAUUCAGCUGAGCCGCCGGGCCUCAGACUUCAACUCUCCGACGGCCAAGGGAGUUGCGAAGCUUUGCUGCAAGCGCCGCUGUUGCAGGAAGUCCUCGGUCAGGACGAUCCGAACCGCUUGGCUCGGCGUGCCCAGCAGCUUCAUGGCUUUUUCCAUCUCGUGGAGGGCGAAGCGUCAGCCGGACCGGCGCUGCACGUGAGGUCCUUCAGGCGCAGCCCUUCGCUGACGGAUCUGCAGGAUUUGCUACAUGAAUUGCGUCGUCCGCCGUAG